AUGGAGAAUCAAGAAAGCUCAGUUAAUACGGAAGCGACCACUGUUGAUAAAAUCAAUAUUAGCCCAAUCGGUAACACACAAAGUAGAGAUAAGUGCAGUAUUUCGGAAUCUGAGAGACCCUCUCUUGUUAAUCUUAAAAACCUUGGAUAUAAUAUCCUCAAAAGUCUCGAUGAUGAAACUGUUGGAGAUAUUGAGUUUCCAGAACUAGAUUCAUGCUCCAAAUGUGGCAAUGAUAUUUUAAUGUCUCUCUCAAGUGCAUGUCCAGCCUCUGGCUGUGGAAAGAACGUGGACAUCUUAGAUCAAGCUGAUGCCCUUGGUAUUGUUUCCAAUUUGCCAAUACCUGAUCCCAAAGUGACCUUUCAAUCAAGUGGAAUUUCACCUUUAUCCAACUUAAUGGGAACGUUUACCCUAUCUUCACCACCUAUACAGAUGGGAGGGAUCGAGGGUACAGCAACUCAGCAAGUCAAAAGUCCUCCGAAACCGCUCGUAUAUUUAACCAGCAAGCAUAUUGUCCAUUACAACUGUAUUGACAAUCCACGAAAGUUGUGUCCUAUAUGUCCAUCAACUGAUAUGGAAAUUGAUGAUUUGGAAACUCCAACAAAGCAGAGUUCAAAUACUGCACAGAAAAAAUGUUUUAGCGAAUUUGCUUCUGAAAAAGAUUCAAAUAAAAAAGCGAAGUAG